ACAGUAAAAUAAAAUAAUGUUAUAAGUUACUUUAUGCAAUUAUGUAUGCACAAUUAUGUCAAUUAAACUCAAUUGGGUGUGAUUAAAAACACGCUCCUUUUUCAAUAUUUAUUAGUAUCUUCACGAUAUAUCUGCUUGAAUAUUUCACAAUAAUCAAGUUAGAUAGACCAUCUGUUCCUAACAUUAUGUAUAAUACAGGGGAAUGACAGGAAAAGAUGGUGGUGGCAACUGCAGAAAAAGGUAGUGGGAGAGUUGUGUGAACUCAUUUAGCUCCAACGCUUCUCUCGGAACCAGUAUCUACUCUUUCCACGUGGAACAAUUUUUUGCUCACUUCCUAACAGGAUGCACAAGUAUAAUAUUGCAUUGUAUAUUUUCUUACUAUCUUUAUUGUGCAUCACACAUGGAAAACAAUUCGAAAAAUCCAAUGACUUUGAUGUUUUGAUAUUUACUCAACUGUGGCCAAUGACAGCUUGUUUUAUAUGGAAAGAAAAUUCCGAAAAACACAGCUGUUUAUUACCAAAACGAGACGAAUGGACUAUUCACGGUAUCUGGCCAACAAAAUACAACACAAAAGGCCCAGAAUUUUGCAAUAGUUCGCUACCGUUUAAUGCAAGCGCUCUGGCGCCUUUGCAAGAUGAAUUAAAAGAAAAUUGGAUCGAUAUUCAAAACGGAUCCGAGCCUUAUACAUUUUGGAAACAUGAAUGGAAUAAGCACGGUACUUGUGCAGUUGUAAUAAAAGCAUUAAACAAUGAAUAUAAAUAUUUUCAAGAAGGAUUAAAACUACACGAUACCUACAAUAUGAUAAACGUACUCGCAAAAGCAAACGUUUUACCAGGGCAAAAGUAUAUGAUAGAAACUAUGUUGACAGGAAUUCAAAAGGUAUUAAACAAAAAAGGUCAAAUAAUGUGUGUCCAAAACAAGAAAACAGGUGAAUUAUAUGUAAGCGAGAUAAGACUCUGUUUCGACAAAGCAUUGCAAUUAACAGACUGUGAUGGCAUUUAUCAUUUUCCUACAAAUUGUAAUAAAUUCAAAGAGAUAAUAUAUCCGAGUAAUGUACCAAGCAAUUAUCAUGUAAUACAGUUAUAAUAAUAAUAUUGAAAUCAU